GCAACAGUUGCCCUGGUGAGGACGAAGCGCCAUAGCCACGGUAGCCCUGGCGACAAGAACCCAGCAACGAGAAUCAACAACAACAACAACUGAAUCCACCAUAAAAAAAAAAAAAAGAAGAUAUUUUACCGGUGAGAAACCCAUACGUGGAAUUUGAGGGUGAUUCCCAGCUCUUGUUAUGGCCACCUCAGGCUAUGUAGGUGAGAUUCAACAGGCAGCCCAAACCCAGGGGGCUAUUAUUACUGUCACAUCGGGGCAACCUGACGACAACUCCAACCCUCCCACUGCCCCUCAGUUUCUGGCUGAGAUUCAGACUGCUGUGUCCACACCCACCAUCAUCACAUCCACAGGCCAAACUACUCACACUGAUCAAGAUGCCUCAAUCACCGCUCAAAAGCCCGCAGCUGGAAGUCAAGCCCAGUCAGCAGCACAGGCCCAGCCAGCUCAGACACAGUAUGUGACUGCAGAGAUCCAGGGCUCCCCUACCGAGUCGGGAAAUUCUCAAAGCACUCCUCAGUACAUUGUUGUUACAGUCACAGAGGGCUCCCUUCACUCAAGUGACAGUGUGUCAGACUCAAGUCCCCCUCCAGCUGUGGUGCAGACAGGUGUCCCCACGCAGGUUGUUCAGCAGGUGCAGGCAGCUCAACAGAGGUCUGUGGUGCAGGCCACCUCUCAGAUAGCCAAGACUGAGCCAGGCACCCAGCUCAGUGUCACCAGUCUGCAGCCUGUUCACAUCAGUCCAGAGGUCCAGCAGCAGCUCACACCAGUGCAACAUGUGUACACCAAUCAGGUGCAGUAUGUUGAAGGAACAGACACCAGCUACACCACUAGCACCAUUCGUUCCGGCACCUUCCCUUACACUGACACCCCGCUGUAUACCCAGACCACAGCUGCCCAGUAUUAUGAAGGUCAGACAACCCCAGGCUCCCAGGCCUCCACCCCUGGCACACCUCUCACUGUCUCUGUGACUGCUGGCACAGCAGGUGGGGUUUCCAUGUUUGUGGCCCAGCCCACAAGUGCAGCAGGGGGCGGGGCCACAGUGGUGACCACAGGUGGAACCACCAAUGGGGCAGGGGAUGGGGCAGGCACAAAUGGUGGCGCAGCCGGCAGCUAUGUGAUCCAGGGGGGUUACAUGCUGGGCAGCGGCAGCGGGGGUGCAGCUGGCAACAGCCAGAACUACUCACACACUGCCCGCGCCUCUCCAGCCACCGUGAGUAUUACAGAGGGCGAGGAGAGUAGCGUGCCGUCGGCAGACAAGAAGGUACAGUGGUUGCUGGACAACUAUGAGACAGCUGAAGGAGUUAGUUUGCCACGUUCAACCCUGUACUGCCACUACCUGCUGCACUGCCAGGAGCAGAAACUGGAGCCCGUUAAUGCUGCCUCUUUUGGGAAACUCAUCAGAUCUGUGUUUAUGGGGCUUCGCACACGUCGCCUGGGCACACGGGGUAAUUCUAAAUACCACUACUAUGGGCUGAGGAUCAAGGCCGGCUCUUCUCUCCUCCGUCUGAUGGAAGACCAGCAACAUCUGGCUAUGAGGCAGCAGCCCUUCUCACAGAAACAGAGAUUGAAGCCUGUUCAUAAAGUGGAGGGGAUGACCAAUGGGACAGCAGCAGGAGCAGGUCAGCAGCAGCAGCAGCAGGGGUCUGGGCAGGUGGACAUCAGCACCCAGGUUCAGCAGUACCAGCAGUUCCUAGAUGCAUCAAGAGCUCUCCCAGAGUUCCCAGACAUCGACCUCCAGGGGAAGGCUCUGCCAGAGGGCAUCGAGCUGGAGCACAUAAAGAGCUUUCAGCUGCUGUACAGAGAACACUGCGAGGCAAUUUUAGAUGUGAUGGUCAACCUGCAGUUUACCCUGGUGGAAACUCUGUGGAAAACCUUCUGGAGGUUCAGCCAGAAUCAGGCUGGAGACGCCACGCUGGCUGUUCACGAUGAGUCAGAGAAGCGCCUCCCAAAGUCCUGCCUGGUGUUGCUGUGCAAGUACGAUCCAGUACUGCGCUGGAGUCGUGACUGUGACAACAGCCUGUACCAGGGCCUGGUGGAAAUCCUCAUCCCUGAUGUCCUCAGGCCAAUCCCCAGUGCCUUAACUCAAGCCAUCCGCAACUUUGCCAAGAGUCUGGAGAGCUGGCUGACUAAUGCCAUGAUGAACAUCCCUGAGGAAAUGGUCCGCAUCAAGGUAACAUCUGCAAAUGCAUUUGCUCAGACGCUGCGUCGCUACACCAGUCUGAACCACCUCGCACAAGCAGCCCGUGCUGUGCUCCAGAACACAGCCCAGAUCAACCAGAUGCUCUCUGACCUCAACCGCGUUGACUUUGCCAACGUCCAGGAGCAGGCUUCAUGGGUGUGCAGGUGUGAGGACCGUGUCGUCCAGCGGCUGGAGCAGGACUUUAAGCUGACCCUCCAGCAGCAGAACUCUCUUGAACAGUGGGCGGCGUGGCUCGACAGCGUGGUGUCCCAGGUCCUGAAGCCCUACCAGCACAGCCCCGCAUUCCCCAAGGCCGCCAAGCUCUUCCUGCUGAAGUGGUCCUUUUACAGCUCCAUGGUGAUCAGAGACCUGACCCUGAGGAGUGCCGCAAGUUUUGGUUCCUUUCACCUGAUCCGCCUGCUGUAUGAUGAAUACAUGUACUACCUGAUCGAGCAUAGGGUGGCUCAAGCCAAAGGAGAGACUCCCAUUGCUGUCAUGGGAGAGUUUGCCAGUUUGGGUCGGGGUCUAAGCCAACUGGAUCCUGACAAAGAGGAAGACGAGGAAGAGGAUGAUGAGAGCGAUGAUGAAGGUCAGGAGCUGUCCCUUCCCUCCGACGUGGCUGUGCUCGGGGACGAGUCUCUGGAGCCGCCUGCUAAGCUGGCCAGAACCGACCAGAGAGUCCUGUUCACGACCGGGGCCGCCGACAACUAAGCACUGAGUAACACUACGAGCAGACAUGGGUUAAAACUGGUUAUACACACACACAGACACACACAGAUGUACAAAGAACACUACUUUAUACACUUCACACAUGUAUAUAGAUCUUGUAUGUGUGUGUGUGCACUCCUUAGCUGCAUACUGUAACUGUCCCACUUGUUUACGCACACACACUCUCUGUCAGUACUGCUGCUGCCCGGAUGGCACAACCACCUGUUGGUCCCAUUGAUUCAACAGAGUUUCAUCUGCAUUGUAAAAGGAUUUCACAAAGCAGAUUCUCUUGGAAACACGGAGCAUUUUAAUGUAUGGUUGUGUUGUUGAUUUGUAAAAACAAACUAAAGCCAGGCAUGUUUUUGUUUUCUCUCAUUGCAUCUCUACCUGCAACAGCCUUCUCUCUCCCUUCUGAGAAACUUCUGCUCAUCCUCCUUACACUGUCACUGCCAUAUCAAGUGGUGUUGAAAAUACUGUGAUGUGUGUGUGUGUAUGUGUGUGUGUAAAGGUGGAGGUGGACCCUCCACGGUAAAUUGUAACUGCGUUUAGUUGUUACUAAUUUGUUUGGAGACUUUGUCUUCAAGAAGACGAAACACACAAAAGGCAGCAGGCAGUAAGAAACCUCUUGGGCGUGUUUAUCUUGUUUUGUUGUUUGUUUUACAUCCAGGCACUUCUGUAACUCUGAAAGAACAUGCACAUCCACGAUGGUUUGUGUUUAUAUAUGUGUGUGUGUGUGUGUGUGUGUGUGUGUGUGUGUGUGUGAUUGUGAGUCAUCUAAACUGUGGACAGUUUCCUCUGUAGAUAUUUUCUAAGGCGUUCAGGUUUUGAUUUUGGAAGACGUGCGUAGAUUCCCAGCUUGAUUUUAUUUGCCUGAAAAGAAAACGUUGUCGUGUUCUUGGAGUGCCUGUCGCAGCUGCUACACUAACCUGUAAAGAAAAAGCUACGUCUGUGGAAUUGGGGCUCCCAUUAGUUGCUGCAAAAAAAAUCCUCUCUCUCUUAUUGAACAUGUGGUUCCAUUAGAGAGGUCGUGUAUGUGUCAUAUUAUAAGUGCUUCAUUCCUGUCCUUUAAAAAAACGUUCCUUUGUUGCCUAAUUUCCCUUUGACAUCAUUUUCUUGCCUUAUUUAAAUAUUUUAUCCAUGUGUGUGCCAAUCCUGUGUGCUUUUAUCCGAGAUCUCAGCUUUGUUUUUAAAUUCUCUAUGUUUUUACGGGGGACUGUGCCUGAGUAGGAACAGUGAUCAACUUAUAUUCUGCUGUAUAUUUAUCCACUUCUUUGAAUUUCGUUGUCACUCAGUGAACCUCUUGUGCAGUGUAUGGUGCUGUGUUGUCACACACAUUGUAAGCAACCUCUGUGUGCAUACUUGAUUUGUGAUUGUACGUUCGGUUAUCAAUCCUCUUCAUAUCUUUAUCUUUUCCACUAACAGGCUAAGGCCCUGCCUCUUUGCACAUAUUGUUGAGAAAAAAAAAACGUCCUGAAAUGUUUCUCAGUUUCUUUGAAGUCAUAGGUGUGAUUUUUGUACCGUGGGGUGCAGGUGUCAGAUUGUGUGUGAACAUCUCGUGCCACUCGUGAGAGAUGUGAUGUUUUUUUUUCUUUCUGCACAGUCCUCCACCGACACUCAUCUCCCUGCACUGUGCUUUCAUCUCGCUGCAUUUCCGCCCUCCUGCCAAUGGCUUUGUUUUGCUUCAAACAUCCAUAUUCUUAAACACUGUUUGUCCCGAUUGGUUGUUGUAGACAUGUCAUCAUUUUGGAUUUUCAAAUGCAAUGUCUUUAAAUAGCUGCAGUGUGCAUCGGCAGCCUCAAACCAGCACAUCAUCCUUUAUACGGAGUCUAAUGCUACCAAGACUGAGUACAUAUCAGUCCAGUAAUGAUCUACACAGCGUAUAGAAUGGCCAUUGUUUACCCUGUAAGAAAACUGUUUAGUCAUUUUUACAGUGCAUUGUUUCUUAUGUACAAAACCAGUUGAAAAAAAAAAGAUGUUCAGUGGCAGUGUUUUAUGAAUUUGGUCUGCUGUAAGUAUGACUGUGCCUUUGGAGGUGGUAGAAUGCAAUUCAGAUGUUUUUAAUUUUAAAGAUAUAAAUUAAAGAAUUUUUAAAACUG